AUGACUUGCAUCUGCUCGGCUUCAUUCUGCGCUUGUGCCUCCGAAGCAAGCCAAAGCCUCCAAAGCGAUUUCCCAGACACACACCUUCAGACAGACAGCCAAGCGGUUAGUUCCAUCGGUUGUCAUUUAUAUGCUCAAAGGCAAUCCAGUUCCGGAGGCCAAAUUCGACCUUAUCGGCGACGUCGGUUUGCUCCGUUGUUACCUUCAGGUCCCCUGCUUGAAGUGGAACCGGUUCCACUGUCGCCUCUUCUUUGGUCAUCGCAGGCAGGCUUGUCGAGUUGUCAUUUUGACCCCAGCGAUUUGGUACCUGUGACGGAGGCAGCUCCGAUUAUGGUGACCGGUGAGACGGAAACAAUAUCCCCGGACUCGAGCAAGACUUUCGGAUUUGUUGGUGCCCUGGCCAGGCAUAAACCGGCCCCUUCUGACCGACUUCUUACAGGAGUAGGCCAAUCGAAUCUUUCAGCUCAUCUUGGAAAGGUCAAAGUCAUCCUUCGCGUCAUGGGCCCAUCUGCCUGCAAAGGAGGUGGCCAAAAAUUGCCUUUAGCGACUCGGGCAGUGGAAAACUCUUCAGGCCUAUUAUUGUCAGGGCCUUUCAUUCGAGCCUCUUCCGGAAGUGGCAAUUCUAACAACCUCGGAGGUAUCGCCACAAACGUUACCGAUGAAAGGAGCAGCAAGCCUGCGGGUCCUAAUCUUCCAGCCCAAACAUUAUAUCCACCUCCACCUACAUCGGCGUCUCUUCAGGCCUCAUCUCCAGGGCCAACGUCAACGCUGACGCCAACUUACGUUGCCACGACCGGUCAUGGGGCUCUUAGUCCCGGGGAAGUAGGGGCCAAUUGCCUUUAUGUUGACCAGACCAGACAGCAGGUAACGCUUGUGGAACCGGUGGAUGGAGUGCCGUCACAUCGAAGGACAGUGCCAAAGCUGUUCGCGAUGGACGCCAUUUUCAUGGAGGAAGACGACCUGUUUCACCUAGUCGGAGUCAAAGUGAAUGACACUGUUUGGCUUCCAUCUGAGGAUUUCAUUCCGCGACAACACUUCUGUACAUGA